UGUCAAAGUUGACGCUAGAAAGUAGAAACAAACAUGUGUAGAAUGUUUUGAAAUGGUCGAAAAAAUGUUUUUAAAAGAAAUUGCAUUAAUGAUGCACGGUUUUGGUGAUAGUUCCGAACCAUUAGCGGAUACUGUACGUUUAGUGGAAGCGGUCACAUUACAACAAAUUCGUGCAAUUAUCGACGAUUUAUAUCAACAAGUCGAACGUCGUGGUUCCGAUAAAAUCGAACCCAAAGACAUUGUAUUUUUAAUGCGACACAAUCAUAAUGCUUUACGACGGCUCCAACGUUUUGUACGAAAUAAAUAUAUGAAAAAGAAUUUCGAAAAUUUAGAAAGUGUAAAUAAUUGUGAUGUAACAAAAAAUCCAAAUAUUGAUAAAAUUGUUCAAGCUGUUGAAGCUUUGGACGAAACUGGUGAGUUAACGGAUUUGGAUGUAUUUGAUUCAGUUCGAUUUGAACGUCAAUUACGUGCUGAUCGAAUUUCGGCAAGUUUGGAUGAAGAAAAAUAUAUGGAAUAUUAUAAAGCUCGAUGUACAUCGUUUAUGAAUCGUGAAUUUAGUUUGCUCAAAAAUGUGGAAUGUUUUAAAUUGUGGCUGUAUCCGAAAGAAGAUAAAAUACCUGCAACGAAGUUAUCAACGUUUAUCGUAGAAAUUCUAGCUUAUUUAGCUUUUGAAACGGUUGCUCGAAUUGUUGAUUUUGCGUUGAUUGUUCGAAAUGAUAUUAAUCGAAAGGUUCAUGAUUUGUUAGGUGGUUUAGGCGCUAGUAAUUAUUGUAAUCCAGCAUCGUUUAAUACAUCUCAAGUAUAUGAAAGGUUUCGUGAAACUGGUAAAGGGCAGGAGGGACAAUUAGCUAUUACUCCGAAUGAGGUGCGUGAAGCUUUAAGACGAUUUGAAAUGUCUCAAGUUGGGCAAUUUAUGAAUAAUAGUUAUAAACGAACAAAAAUUGGUUAUUUAGCUUUUUAAAAAACGUGUUUUCUUGGAUUUCAUAAAUCUUUUU